AUGAGUGAUUUUAUAAACGCCACUGAAGCUGCAUCACUUGCUGUUAAGUUUGAUCAAACGGGACAAAUUGAUAAAGCAGUCGAAUGUUACCGAACUGCAGCUCGACUGCUAGACAGAAUUCGCGAUCAGUUACUGCCAGAAAAACAGAUUGAUAUACGUGAAAAAGUUAAGGAAUAUUUACACAGAGCAACGUUUUUACAGGAACAAAAAGACAGAGCACAGCAAGCUGACAGUGAGCGGGGUAUGCAGCAAUGUUACUUUCUUAUGCAACAAGCCUUGGAUGCGGAUGAGGCCAACUUGAAAGAUCUCGCAUUACAACUCUACACACAAGCUGUUGAAUUAGCUGUCAGUAUUAACACAAGUGAGUCCGACAUCAAACAAAAGGUGAAAAUCCUCGCCGCACAAGCUUUGGACAGGGCCGAGGAAAUAAAAGGCAUCAAGAAAAUCAGUUCAUUAUCCAUAAAUGAGGCUAAAAAACCCGCGGUGUCACCGAAAGCACAGCUGCAGAGGGAGCAAAGUGUCCAACUGAAGGUGUCCGGCAAACAGUCGUACACAGACGAGGAGAAGGAGGUGCUCCGUCAGACGUCCAACAUAAACGACAACUGCUUCCUGCCGUUCAUGGACGUGGAUCUGUCGGAGAGGUUCCAAUACGCGAUCCCGUUCGAGGACAGGGCCAGCGAGCUGAAGCUGUCAUCCAAACAGCAGAAGGAGUUCGACUGCUGGGUGAGACCGCACGAGGUCUCCGUUGACCCCAAAUUGAUAGUCGGCGACCACGUCGACUGCUACAGCAUAAAGCAGACUAUAGUGUCCGACUGUUCGUUCGUUGCCUCGCUCGCCGUCAGCGCCCUCUACGAGAAGAGAUUCAAUAAGAAGAUCAUCACCUCGAUAAUAUAUCCGAAGAACAAGAACAAGGACCCCGUCUACAACCCCUUCGGCAAGUACAUGGUGAAGUUGAAUCUCAACGGAGUGAGGCGGAAGGUUAUAAUAGACGAUCGGUUGCCGUUCAGCAAAUACGGCCGUCUUCUGUGCUCGUACUCGAGCAACAAGAACGAGUUCUGGGUGUCGAUGCUGGAGAAGGCAUAUAUGAAGGUGAUGGGUGGAUACGACUUUCCGGGAUCCAACAGCAACAUCGACCUGCACGCGCUCACCGGCUGGAUACCGGAGCGGUGCGCGAUCCGCGCCGGCGAGGCGGACUUCAACGCGGACGCGCUCUACGACACGAUACGCUCGCGCUUGGAGCGGGGAGACGUGCUGGCCACAGUGGCGACGGGCGCGCUCAGCGACGCCGAGGCGGAGCGCACCGGUUUGGUGGCCACGCACGCCUACGCGGUGCUCGACGUGCGGCUGGCCAACGGCGUGCGUCUUCUGAAACUGAAGAAUCCCUGGUCGCACCUCCGCUGGCGUGGCAACUACAGCGAGCUGGACACCGCGCACUGGACCGCCUCCCUGCGCCAGCAGCUGCACUACGACCCCGACAGCGCGGCCCAGUACGACAACGGCGUGUUCUGGAUCGACUACGCGAGCAUACUCAAGUUCUUCGACGUGUUCUACCUGAACUGGAACCCGGGACUGUUUCAGUACACCUACUGCAUACACCAGAAGUGGGACGCGGGCAACGGGCCCGCCAAGGACGCGUACAACGUGGGCGAGAACCCGCAGUUCUCGUUGUUGGCGCGCGACAAGGGCGCCAUUUGGCUGCUGCUCACGCGGCACAUCACCCGCCUCGACGACUUCAGGGACAACAGGGAGUACAUAACGCUGCUCGUGUACAAGAACGACGGCCGCCGUGUGUACUACCCGUACGACCCGCCGCCGUACAUCGACGGUGUGCGCAUCAACAGCCCACACUACCUGUGCAAGAUAACGAUCGGCGAGGGAAGCUGCGACCGCUACACCUUAGUGGUCUCCCAGUACGAGAAGACGCGCACUAUAUUCUACACCCUGCGCGCCUACUCCACCUGCCCCAUAACGCUGUCGAAGUUGGAGCCCUACCCAUACGUCAAAACGGUCCGCGGCGAGUGGUCCGGCCGGUCGGCGGGCGGCUGCGAGAACCACCGCGCCACGUACCCCAACAACCCCAAGUUCACCAUCACCGUGCCGGAGUCGAGGCCGCCCUGCCAGAUGGUGGUGGAGCUGAAAGGGCCCAAGCAGUACCAGAUCGGCGUCGACGUCAAAGUGGACUCCUUGGAGGACCCUGACGUCACGGCGCCCUUCUUGAAAGAGUCCUCCGGGCCGUACAGGUCCGGUUUCGUGUGUCUGGAGCUGAGGAGCCUACCAGCGGGCCGCUAUAUACUCACCGUGUCGACGUUCUAUCCGGCGCAAGAAGGGCCAUUCAUACUGGAGUUGAGGUCCACGUGCGAAGUGACGUGCGAGCCGCGGAGC